AUGUGCCCCUCCCUGACACGAGAACCCCACACCCCUCGCAUCCGCCGAGGUGACUCAGCGGCGCCCUCGCACGACGUCGCCCCGUCUGCCCCCAUACAAAAUUUAUACCGACCCUCUUCCCAAGAAUAUUGGACCCCCGCCCGACGAAUACCACGUCUACCGCUCGGGGAUAAAAUCCAUUUUACCGCGCAGCCCGCCGGUGAGACAAAGGAGCGCUAG